GCUCACUCUACACUGACAGCAAAAGCCCAAUUCCCAAUUCCCAAUUCAUGCAUCCCCCAAACCUCCAUCUUCAUGUAGCCCAUCUUCCAAAAUGGACUCUGUCCCGGAGCCCAACCCCGUCCCUCCUCUCAGCAUCUCGGAUCGGAUCCAAAUCGCAACAACCUACAUCAUCCGCGUGCCAUGGACUGUCAUCACCACUCUCCUCCGCCGCUGGAAUCCCUUGUCCACGUACCAGCCACCCCCGCUUCGAGAGCAUCUCUUUCGCCAUGUAAUGACCUGCCUCGGAAACAACCUCCCCAUGUCCGAAACCAACCGAUCCAUCAACCGCGGCGGCACAGACAUCUUAACCUCCCCUCGCUACUCCCACCUCCAGAACCAAAUUUACCAUCCAGUCCGCACCCCAUCCUUCUCAGGCUUCUGGAUCUGCCGCGGCCUCACCAAGGAACCGCUUGACCCGCGCGACGCAGACGUCUUCCUCUUCCAUUGCCAUGGCGGCGGAUAUGUAGCGGGGCAUCCGGCCGCUGGAGCCGUGGCGCAUCUAUAUCUCGCUGAGAAGCUGCAGGAGAAAGGACUGAGUUGUGCGGUGUUUAGUUUGGAUUAUAUGCUUGCGCCGAAGGGAAGGUUUCCCGUGCAGGUGGACGAGGCGGUGGCGGCGUAUGAGUGGAUCCGAAGAACGCUGGGAGUGAAGAGGGAGAGGAUCGUGGUGAUUGGGGAUUCGGCUGGAGGACAUUUGGUGUUGGCGCUUUUGACGAGGUUAUACUUGAGGAAGGGGCAGUGGGAAGAGCAAGGAGAGGAUGUGAGGCCCGGCGCGGCGGUGCUGUUGAGUCCGUGGGUGAAUCUGCAUUCGUCGCAUCCUCGCGUCCUGGCGCUGCAUUGGGAGGAGAGGUUGUUUAAGAUAGGGCUCGAUAAGUACUGCGAGUUGGUGAUGAGAGGUGCGUCGAAGGACGUGGAUGAGCUGUAUGGGAACUUUGCGGUGGCCGGGGAGAGGCGAGGAUCUUGGAAGGAGAUUCUCCCGCGAAAGACGUGGGUGUCUGCCGGGGAGGAGGAGUUGGUGUUUCGGUAUGAUAUUGAGGACUUGGUGGAGAGGGCGAGAGAGGAUGGAGCGGAUGUUGGGCUGGAGGUGGAAGACGGAAUGAAUCAUGCGUGGCAGAGCGCGGAGGCGUUUGGGCAGCAGAGUCGGUUUUUGGAGUUGGCAAUGGGCGAGGAUGGUGGGUUGAUGGUUGGAUAUAGACGUAUUGCUGAGGUGAUAUUGGAGAUGAGAGCAAUUGAACAGUAG